AUGGGGAAGAGGAGUGUGGAGGAAAGAAUCCAGGAGGAAGCUCGGUGUCUUAGGGACAGAUUUAUGAAGAUCAAAGAUAAACCAAUAAAUCCAACUUAUCUGCUAAGACUGGCUGUCUCCAAUGUCAUCUGCUCCAUUGUGUUUGGAGAGAGAUUUGACUAUGAAGACAAGAAGUUUAUGACUCUUCUGAAACUUAUUCAAGAAGUUGCAAACCUACUGAAUUCUCGAUUGGGCCAGCUUCUUAAUCUAUUCCCAGGCUUAAUGAGUAGUAUACCUGGCCCCCAUCGGAAACUUUUUAAUUUUUUUGAAAAGCUUAAAGAGUUUGUGGUAGAAAUUGUGGAAGCCCACAAGGACACAUUGGAUGAGAACUGCCCUCGGGACUUCAUAGAUUGUUUCCUCAUAAAAAUGGAAGAGGAAAAGAACAACCCCAAAACAGAAUUUCAUAAUGAUAAUUUGCUAGGAACAGUAACUGACCUGUUCUUUGCUGGGACUGAGACUUCAAGUGUAACACUGCGAUACGCCUUCUUGAUACUGCUCAAAUACCCUGAGAUACAAGAGAGGAUCCAUAAAGAGAUUGACAAAGUGAUAGGAAGUGAUCGCUGUCCAUCAGCAGAGGAUAGAAGUAAGAUGCCAUAUACAGAUGCUGUCAUUCAUGAAGUCCAGAGAUUUGCUGAUAUUGUACCAGGAGGACUUCCCCAUGCAGCCAGCAAGGACGCCAGCUUUAGAGGAUAUCACAUUCCAAAGGGAACGUUGGUGUUUCCAGUCUUAACUUCAGUCUUGAAGGACCCCAAACAGUUCAAAAACCCUGACAAAUUUGACCCCGGACAUUUCCUUAAUGAGAAUGGCACCUUUAAGAAGAGUGAUGCCUUUAUGCCAUUUUCAGCGAACAAACGUAUGUGUAUGGGCGAGGGUCUGGCUCGCAUGGAACUCUUCCUAUUUUUUACAACCAUUUUGCAAAGAUUUACUCUGAAACCCACCGUGGACAGAAAGAACAUAGAAAUUACACCACAGCCCAAAAGCAAUGCCUCCUUACCUCGUGAAUAUGAGAUGUUGGCUGUGCCCUCGCUGAAAGACCAUUGUAUACUUUUGUGUUAUUGGAUAUCUUUUUCAUGUUUUUGA